UCCUCUGAGUGUAGCAGAGUAGUGUAGUAGUGUGUGAUGGUACUCUGUAUCCCAGCAUCCACUGCGACCCCGCCCCUGCUUAUCUCCCUGACGGGCAAAGCAGAGGGGAGGCCUCUUUGCGUCCAGCCACACACAAACUUGAGCACUUUAUACAAACACUGUGGCCACUUGACAUUUGCAAUGGAGCCAUCAGAAAGUACUAAAACAUCUUCAUCAAGCAACCACCACCAAAACUCAACAGGUGGUGGUGGCUGCCAAUGGGAGGUCACUGAUAAGGCCCGACUGUGCCGCUUCCUCUGCUAUGGGUCAGAGGGAGACAUAUACACAGCUAGAGAGGAGGGGCAGCUCAGCAUGGAGAGCGCCGGAGCUCUUCUCUCUUUGCUCCAGGAGGGACGUGGAGCUGAGGUGGUGGAGGAGAUCAAAAGGUUCAGUCAGGAUGGAUGUGCUGUCAGACCGGGCCCCCAUUUUUUCGCCUUGGCUUUGUGCUCCCAACACUCUGAGCUGAAGACGAGGCAGGCGGCGUUCAAAGCGGUGAAGGAAGUUUGUCGGGACCCCGCUCACCUGUUCUCUUUCAUCCAGAACAAGAAGGAAUUGAGGGACGGUAUGAAGUGUGGGAUUUGGGGACGUGCCCUGAGGAAAGCGGUGUCUGACUGGUACAAUGAACAGGAUGCUAUGAGUCUGGCUGCGGCUGUGACCAGAUGUAAACAGAGAGAGGGAUGGACACACCAGGAUCUGUUCAGGCUCUCUCACACCAAACCAGCCAAUGAAGCAAUCGCCUUGAUCAGCAAAUAUGUAACAAAAGGAUGGAAAGAAGUCCAGGUGGCGUAUUCAGACAAGGAGAACUCUGAGGAGGUUGUCAAAGUGCUUUCAUAUCUGGAAGUGGUGGAGAAGGUGAAGCACAGCUGUGAUGAAACCGAGGUAGUCAAUUUAAUCGAGGAACACAAACUGGAGAGGGAACAGCUGCUGACAGACCACCUGAAGUCCAAACAGGUAUGGAGGGCUUUGUUGAAGGAAAUGCCUCUCCAGUCACUGCUAAGGAUCUUGGGUAAAAUGACAUCAAACAAAAUUCUUGAACCAGGUGGUUCAGAAACACAAGCUGUGUGUGACAGAAUCCAGAGUGAGAUGGCUCUAAAGAAGGCGCAGAUCCAUCCUUUCAGCAUACUUUUGGCUACUGAAAACUACAAAAGAGGCCAAGGUUAUCAGGGUAAAACAAAGUGGGAACCAGACAGCAGCAUCCUCAAAGCAAUGGACUCUGCUUUUUACAAAAGUUUUAUGAACGUUGAGCCUGUGGGUAAACGUUUCGUUGUGGCAGUCGACGUGAGCACAUCAUUGAGCAGCAUUGUCCCCGGCACGUCAAUCAGCACUGCUGUCGCUGCUGCAGCUAUUACUAUGAUUUUUGCAAGGACAGAGGCAGACCUAGAUGUGCUGGCCUACUCUGAAGGAGCUGUAGUUCCAUGCUCCAUCUCUGCUGACACAACUCUGUCGGAGGCAACAAUUGAGCUGGUUAAGAUACCAAGUGGGAGCACGGACUGCACUCUGCCCAUCUCAUGGGCCACAGAGAACGGGAAAGCGAUAGAUGUUUUCAUCAUUCUGACCAACAACCCAUUGUGGAUGUUUACUGCCAGCCCUGUGGAGACUUUAAAGGAACAUAGACAAAACUUAGGAGUUAAUUCUAAGAUGGUGAUGUGUGGGCUGACUUCGAUUGGACACGCCAUCGUGGACACAGAAGACAGAGGUUUAAUGAGCAUCUGUGGCUUCGACCUCGGAGCUCUGUGCGUCAUUCGUAACUUAGCCCAGGAUCUGUUCUGACACAGUGUUGGGACUGUCUCUGAGUCAUGACUAUAGAGUACAAAAACUAAGGCACAACGUGGACCAAGCUGGCUCACUAAGUAUGUAGAGUGCCCUUAAACAGCACUAAUCCAAAAGACGUUGACAUUUACAAUUCCAAUUUCUCCUUUUGUAUUAUGUCACUCACAGGUCAAUUGACUAAGUGUCCAGCGGGCUGGACAGCACUCUGGAGAAAUGAUGUGCUUUUAUUUUAUUCUGAAACAUGAAAGAAAGUUUGAAGACGUGACAUGUCAGUGCAUGUCAGGUGUUUCAAUGCAAACAGCUGUAUGAUCGGCUGUUAUAUACUCUGAUGGUUCUUGGUAAGACACUGACCCUUUUGACAAUAAACUCCUCUCAUUUAAAAAUAACAUGCUGGCCAAUGGAACAAGAGGAACAAUAUAAGGGUCUGAAUGUUGGAGGUGGGAACGACUGUAGGUUUAUUUCAAGGAGAAUUACAGUAGUUUGUAAUAUGUAUACAUGGUAUGAUUUUAGCAUGUUUGAUGUGAUGGUAGAGGUGUUUUUCAUUUGAAAGCCUGUCCCUCUAUUUUAUGUAGCAAUAUUAUAAAGGGUUAACAGACAUACUCUACUGAGGAAUUGAAACAAAGCACCAAAAGCAGAGAAAAUGCACUGUGUUCUACCGUCUUUGGAAUCACAUUUGUUGAUUUAUUUGAUCAAAAAUACUUUAAUAUUAUUUUGAAUGUUUCCAAAUAAAUUCACACAAGUCUUGCCUUAAAUCCAGAUUUGAUUUUUAGUUGCUGUGUUAACAUUUCUUUCCCCAAGCCAAAUUGAUUUUAAAUGUCGGUUCUGCUUUCAUCAAACUUCUAAUACAGAAGUAUUAGAACACAAGAAAAAACCCUUGGUGCUCUUAAAUGUCAUGAUAUCUUGUUUUUGGAAUAUUUGGGCUAUUUUGGAAAUGUGUUAGUCAGCUUACUGCAAGUUGGAUGAAUAGACUUGGUGUCAUACUUAGUCUGAAUUGUGUGCAUUACAUUUGUAUUUUACUGUAUCAUAAUGUCCAGGAAGGAGCAAAUCGUAGCUAUGUAACAACAGUUUAUUCAGACUGAAACUGUUAGCACAGUCAUGUGUCUGUUUGUUUUAUGUAAGAUUGUUCAUUAUGCAAAAACUAACCAAUAAUUGCCACCUUUCCAGAAUUAAAUAAAUUGAAUGUAAUUUUGUAAUAUGUGUAGACAUCAAAAGUAGAAUGCUUUCUAUUCCCUUAGACACAGAAUAUACACACGCUGCAUUCAGAGUUUAGGGGCCAAUUUAGUGAAAAGGCAAACAAACAAUUACAGUGGUGCUUCUUGUUUUAGCCCACAGCAUUCACUAAUCAAUCAUUCUGGUCUAAUUCACUUCUUAUGAAGACAGAUUUCUGACCAUAUUACUGUGAAGAAGUUUUUCCACUGAUGCAGAUACUGUCACAUUCAAUGUUAAGACAGUGUCCAGUGUCUCUUGGUCGAAGGUCAAAACACUAUCAUUUUUGUGUAAGAUAUUCAUUGAUACAUUUGUUGUUGAAAGUCUGACACGAAAGGUAAUUAUGAAGUAUGGUAUGUCACAAGUGUUUUACCACCAUGAUUAACUUCUUUUCCCUUGUCUUGUCUGUUGUAUCCACUUGUUUAACAUCCAAGUACUUCACUGUAGUGGCAAUGUAAAUCCCCAGUAAACACUUUGCUGCUUUUUAAAUAACA